AUGAGCUUCAGCCAGCCAGGGGCCUGCCCAUGCGGGGUUGCUGCAGGCCGCCCACCCAUCCUGUAUGCACUCCUGAGCCCCAGCCUCAGGGCCAGGCCCUCUGUCCCCCCAACCGAUAGCCGCUGCCUGUGCCAGCAGCACAAGCCUGUCCGCCUGUGUACUCCCCACCGUACCUGCCGAGAGGCCUUGGAUGUUCUGACCAAGAUGGUGACCUUCCUUAGGAAUCUGCCAUCCUUCUGCCAGCUGCCCCCCCAGGAUCAGCGGGGGCUGCUGCGGGACUGCUGGGGUCCCCUCUUCCUGCUUGGGUUGGCCCAAGACGCUGUGACCUUUGAGGUGGACGAGGUCCCGGUGCCCAGCAUACUCAAGAAGAUCCUGCUGGAGGAGCCCGGUAGCAGUGGCGGCAGUUGUCAGCUGCCUGACAGGCCCCAGCCCUCACUGGCUGCAGUACAAUGGCUUCAGUGCUGCCUAGAGUCCUUCUGGAGCCUGGAGCUGGGGUCCAAAGAGUAUGCCUACCUGAAAAGGACCAUCCUCUUCAACCCUGAUGUUCCAGGCCUCCAUGCCCCUUCCCACAUUGGAUACCUACAGCAAGAGGCUCAUCAGGCACUGUGUGAGGUCCUGGAGCCCUGGUGGCCAACAGGCCAAGGCCGAUUGGCCCGCAUCCUCCUUAUGGCCUCCAUCCUCAAGUCCAUUCCACCUGGCCUGCUUGGGGAGCUCUUCUUUCGCCCUAUCAUUGGAGAUGUCGACAUGGCUGGCCUCCUGGAGGACAUGCUUUUGCUGAGCUGA